GUAUUUCCGUCUACCAUCCAAAAUACAGUCCAGCUCUUUCCUUUUAUUUCUCUGUACCACACGUCGUGAAGUUGCUCUAAACGGCAGCACAGCUCAUCUCAGCAUCGAGUUUCAGCUUUCACCUUUGACAUGCGGAAUUGGCGUGAUACAACAGUGGAGAAACAUACUUUUUCUUAAUUAGUUGAAUUAAAUUAGUAUUGUAAUCGAAACAAACUUUUCUACAAGUAGAUAUUAAUAGUGUGGUUUUGCUUAGCUUACAUUUAAACCAAGCAAAGCAUUCUGGCUUUCUUUCUGCUUUUGCUUAAGGUGGAUCCUACAUUUCCCAUAAUGCUAUUUGAUAGCAUCUUGCUCACAUCUUUCAGACUCCUAGCUUCUUAAUCUCAAGCCAGAUCUGUCAAAUCAGAUUUGACAAAGGUCCUUUACUGAAUAGUAGUCCCCAUGACAAGUAAGCUGUCGUUCACAAAAUUGUUGGGUGUAUUAUGAAAAAUGUGACAAACACACAACAGUUUAUGUAAGUGGGUGUUUGUCGUGACUUUGCAAGCUUGCAUUCCCAGCAGGCUUUUCUUUCUCAACACUUUGCACAGUCUGGGCACAUUAGUAACACCUUGCAUGAGAUUUCUCAUUUAUGCUUUCCUUGCAUCACCUGUUUACUGAAUAGUGUACAGUUGCAUCAGUGGGAUGAAUGUUCAGCUGGGAUCAGCUUAGCUUUUUACCCCCCAGCAUGAAUCAUAAAUGAGAAAAAUGUGAAUGCAGUCUCAGGUCAGCGGCUUAGGGAAUUUAUAAGACAAAAGUUUUUAUAAUGCUACAACUCUGAAUAUUGGUUUGUGCAUUCUUGGCACAAAAAGUGAUUUUCAAAUGGCAAUUUCAAGAAAAGUUCUGCAGGCAUGUUUUUCAUCAAUUGAGAGCCCUGAAGGCAAGGACAGUCCCCCUCAUACACUAAUUACUCAAACGCUUGAAAAUAUGGCAGUAAAGUCAAUAAUAUUUGUCCCAGCACCAUGUAUAACUCGGUCUACGUGGACAUAAUCCCAACCCUAGCUAACUCAGCCUAAACACGCCCUUUAGUACAAAUCUAGAUUGUCCAAUCACUGAAGACGUCUCAGCAACUCUAUUUGGAAUUGCUGCCCAAUCACAGCUUAUCUUGGACAGCACGGUGAGGGAAGGCUAGCCGAUGUCCCCUCACACUGGCCCAAUCCGAACAAUGGCAAGAGUCCCUGUAGAGUUUGUUUUUAAGCCCUUGGCCCUGAUGAUCUGGAGCUACAUGCAGGAACGUUCUGCAGGUGGUGAAGCACAAUAGGGCUGCAGGACAUCGUGAACCCCAUUGAGGUAAGAUGAGUUGAUGUGAUGCCUGGUUAUGUGUUCUGUAUGCUGAUGGAGAAUAAAUGAGUUUUGGUGCCUUAAACCUGAGAAAUUCUGUGACUGGCAUUCUUUAGGGGUCAAAAUGUACAAAAAUUAAAUGUGGUUAAUAAAACUAACUCCUUUAUUCUGCUUUCUUUCACAUAGUGCUACAGCUUCUUUUUCCAGCUGUAGAACGUCUUCGUCACAAUGUCCAACACCACGAUGAACCCCGCCACUGGACUCUACAUGAACAGUACCAGCCCCGAUGACCUCCGUGGACCUCCGUUAUGGUACGAGGUCACCGCGUGUGCCAUGGCCCCUUAUGGCUUCAUCUUUUAUUAUGCAGUCAAGGUGCUAAACCUGGUUGUGGGGACUCCCUGUAACAUCCUGGUCAUCUGGCAGAUCGCCAGCAAAAAGAAUGAUGCAUCCAGCUCUGACAUCUUCAUCUUUAACCUGGCAAUCCUGGAUGCUUACUUCUGCCUGAUGACGCCUGUAGACAUGGUGAACCGACUGCUGUUGGAUGACAGUCGUGUUUGGUAUUUUCAGAGUUUUGCAUACGGGGUCAAGGAUGUAGCACCGCUCUUUCUGGUGUGCAUCUGUCUGGACCGUUACAUAGCCGUGGUACACCCACUACUUUUUACCAACAUCCGUGACAACAGGAUCCGCCUUGGCAUUUCAGUCGUGGUCUGGUGUCUCGUCCUGGCUUAUGGUGGCACCGAAUGCAUCUUGGGAUACAUAACGGUCAACGAAGUCUUCAGCUGUGUCAUCCUCUUUGCCUUUGCAGUCAUGGUCUUGUGCAACAUCGCCAUCAUCUGGGUCCUCCGCCGCUCUGUGAUGGGAAAGGAGGAAAUGCACCCUGUGAAGAAGAAGGCCUUUAAGAUGGUGCUGAUUAUCCUGGCCAUCAUCGUAGUCAACUACCUGCCAUCUGUGGCUCUCAUGCCCUUUGCUUCCUACUACUCAUUUGUGACUUUACAUUGUCAAAUCGGCGUCAGUGUGUUCUCCAUGAUGGACCUGAGCAGCAGCAUUGAGCCUCUCCUCUACAUCACGAAAAUGGAGCAUGUAGACGGUUGGUGCUGCAGGUGGAGUGGUUCUAAGAAGCAGCAAAACGGCAAGGAGUGA